AUGUCGAGCAUCUCUAGAACUGCCAAUCUCUUGUUCCGGACCAGCAGGUCCUCUUUCCUGCGCCCGCGCGCCGUCAAUCCCGUUCACCAUGUUUUCAACAAUGACCGGGUUGCUGCUCGCCGGCUGGCUACCACUUUCGAGCGGUCGAAGCCCCAUGUCAACAUUGGUACCAUCGGUCACGUCGAUCAUGGCAAGACUACCUUGACUGCUGCCAUUACCAAGCACCAGGCUUCCAAGGGUCUUGCCAAUUUCCUUGAAUACAGUGCUAUUGACAAGGCUCCUGAAGAGCGCAAGCGUGGUAUCACCAUCUCCACCGCACACAUCGAGUUCCAGACCCAGGACAGACACUAUGCCCACGUCGACUGCCCUGGUCACGCCGAUUACAUCAAAAACAUGAUCACCGGUGCUGCUAACAUGGAUGGUGCCAUUGUUGUCGUUGCUGCUUCCGACGGUCAAAUGCCCCAGACCCGUGAACAUUUGCUCCUUGCCCGCCAGGUCGGAGUCCAGAAGAUUGUCGUUUUCGUUAACAAGGUUGAUGCCGUUGAGGACCCUGAGAUGUUGGAGCUUGUCGAACUGGAAAUGCGUGAGCUGCUUACCAGCUACGGAUUUGAGGGUGAAGAGACUCCUAUCAUCUUUGGCUCUGCUCUCUGUGCUCUUGAGGACCGUAGACCUGAUAUUGGCGCUGAGAGGAUCGAGAAGCUUAUGGAGGCUGUCGACACCUGGAUUCCCACCCCUCAACGUGACCUCGACAAGCCCUUCUUGAUGUCCGUGGAGGAAGUGUUCUCCAUUUCCGGCCGUGGUACUGUCGCCUCCGGUCGUGUCGAACGUGGUAUUUUGAAGAAGGAUACCGAGGUUGAGAUCGUUGGUGGUGCCUUCGACCCCAUCAAGACUAAGGUCACCGAUAUCGAGACUUUCAAGAAGAGCUGUGACGAAUCCCGUGCUGGUGACAACUCCGGUCUCCUUCUCCGUGGUGUCCGCCGUGAGGAUGUCCGUCGUGGCAUGGUUAUCGCUGCUGCCGGAUCUACCAAGGCCCACGACAAGUUCUUGGUGUCCAUGUACGUUUUGACAGAGGCAGAGGGUGGUCGCCGUACUGGAUUCGGUGCCAACUACCGCCCACAGGUCUUCAUCCGUACAGCAGAUGAGGCUGCCGACCUCAGCUUCCCCGACGGUGAUGCCUCCCGUAGAGUGCAGCCCGGCGACAACGUCGAGAUGAUUCUGAAGACACACCACCCUGUCGCUGCCGAGGCUGGCCAACGUUUCAACAUCCGUGAGGGUGGUCGUACCGUUGCGACCGGUCUGGUCACCCGUGUUCUUACGGACUAA